AUGAAUGCCAAUGAAAUUAAAGACAAAAAAGCAGAUAUUGUAAAAUUUAGUGAAGACAGAGAAAGAAUAUUAGAAAGUUCUGAAAAAAUUCUUAAUAUAACAAAUAAAUUAAUAUCUUUUAUAGUACACUUAUUUUAA